AAGCGCUUAUCAGAUUGUCCUAAGGAAUAAUGUGCAUAAUUAUCGACACUCUAAAGAGGCCUAUGUUUGAUUUUCAGACUUCACAUAUCUGCUGCAUGGCAGGAUGCUUGCUUUUCAUUCUAAUCAGAUAUGCGGCUUGAGGUCUGGACCUAGGUACCUAUCUUGAUGGAAAAAAGGAACCCGUCAGACACAAUGAAAAAAGUUGGACUUAUUGGAAUGCUACUGUUACCCCAGGCAAAAUCGUCAUCAUGGUGUCAUCCUCAUGUUCAUCUUGUGAAAGAGGAGGAAAAGUGCAUGACAGAUCAGCUACUUUUUAAGUCACAAAAAGCAACAGAAAACAAUAUAAGUGUACACUGUAAAGGAAUGUGGGAUGAACUGAACUGCUGGCCUCCUGCUUCUCUUGGAGAUACCGUCUCUCAGCCAUGUCCAGAGUUUUUCAAUUCCGAAGCUGAAGUGCAUCGCAACUGCACUGCCAGUGGUUGGACAGACCCUCUCGUCCCACAUGAAGUUGCAUGUGGCUACACUUUCAAUGAGACACUUCACUUUCUCAGAGAGUCCUCAGACUCCCAUUUGUAUUUCUCCUACGUGAAGACCAUGUACACAGCCGGAUACACACUCUCUCUCAUCUCCCUCACCAUCGCUGUCACCAUAUUCUGUCUGUUUAGAAAGCUGCACUGUACCAGGAACCACAUUCACAUCCAGCUGUUUAUCUCCUUCAUCCUGAGAGCCAUCUUCAUCUUCAUCAGAGACUCUCUGCUGUUUACCAAUGAAGAGUUCUAUCACUGUGACCACUACCCUGUGGCAUGUAAGGUGGUGUUGAUGUUUUCCAACUACUCCAUCCUGGCAAACUAUAGCUGGCUUCUGGCAGAGGGUCACUUCCUCUUCACCCUGGUGAGCCGCUCCUUCUUCUCCCUGAAGAAACACCUCGCCUGGUACAUCGUCCUAAGCUGGGGUUUACCUUUGAUUGUUAUUGUCUCCUGGGGAUGCGCAAAGUAUUUUUAUGAAGACGAAGGCUGUUGGGAAACCAGGAAACAUGAAUGGAUUUGGUGGAUUCUUCGAGUACCAGUUCUUCUGACUAUAUCUAUCAAUCUCAUCUUUUUUGGGGGCAUUUUGAGGAUACUGGUGAACAAACUCAGAAUGCCAGUUGCACAGAGGAAUGAAUUCAGCCAGUACAAGAGGCUAAUCAAAUCCACUUUUUUUCUGGUGGCUCUGUUUGGUCUACAUUACAUCCUGUUUGUUUUCCUACCCGUUGAAGUCAGCAGCUCAGUGUUUCAGAUAUGGACAUUUGCAGAGCUGGCUCUGUCAUCCACACAGGGUUUUGUGGUCGCUGUGCUCUACUGCUUCAUUAACGGAGAGGUGCAGCAGGAGUUUCAGAGGAGGUGGAGGAGGUGGAGGCUGACUCGGCACCUCCCCAGUCGGCGCUGGCAGCAUCACGGCUCCAUCAGCCACAGUAGCUCUCCCCAAACACAGGUCUCCCUGCUGCCCUGCUCUCCAGGCAGCCCGGCAGCCAGUGGGCUCCCCGUGGAUACUGUGCAGAUGUGAUUAGAGUUGGGAUUGGCUCGUUUUCUCACUCUCGUCGUCAAUAUAAGUAACGGAUGACAGCCAGUUAGUACACAACUGCAGCUUGGGUGUUUAAUACUGUGGUACUGUCAAAUGCAUAUUUUUCUAAUCCCUGGAGUGUUUUUACUUGAUGACGUAAGGGUGUAAAAUGCACUGUAGAUACCCAGUUAGUAAGCUGCCAGGUGCACUUGUUUGUAGUUCUUCUUAUAUGUAUUAAAAUGAAUUUGGCAAUGAUGUUCAAAUGUCACAUAUACAGUAUAGAUAUACAUUUUUUGCACUUUGUGAUUUUUAUCUGUGAAAAGCGCUAUAUAAAUAAAUUAUACUUACAUUUUUAAAUACCAAUUUAAAAGGAGGUACUACAGUUAUUUACUAUUGCACCAUUACGUUUUGGGGACUUGAAUGACACAGAUAGAAAAAAAAAAGAAUUUAUGAAGCAGAGGCUAAGCUAUCCUGUUGUUUGCCUCUUUUGUCUCGAAAAACACCUGAUCCUACAUUCCCCAUAAUGCAACUCGACAGCAUCUUUUUGUAAACCCUGAUACAUUUCUUUCAAACACAGGCCUUCUGUUGUAAGAAUUUGAAGUCUCAAGCCGGUCUGAGAACCCUGAUGA